AUGCUCUACAGAUUAUGGGCUGGUCGAGGCGAUCCAGAGGGAGCCGACGAUGACGAAGCAUAUUGGGAGCUUGAUGAAGCGACGAACCCAGAUCCACCAGCAUAUGAUUACUCGCCCUCGGUGAGAGGCGAAAUCGAUCAUGCGGAGCCCGAAAGUGGAGAAGCUAAGCCUGACGUCCAUAAGCUGGUGCAGAAAUUCCUCACUUCGCAUCCAGCACCUACGCAUGGAACGGGACGAUUGCCGUGUCCGGUCAUUAUUCCCCAGCGACGACCGCGUACGAAAAGCCGUGGGUUCGUGAGGGCGUAUGUGCCUGUGCUUGCUGAUUGCGGUAUUGAUCAAGAUGCUUUCCUCGAGUUUCUCAAGACCUUUUACAAGGCUAGUCAGGCAUCGCCUGACUUCACGGUGAUCUUCCUCGCUGGUCAUGCAGCAGGCUACGCUCCCAGUGUAUCGGCCAUGAUCGCUUCGAUCAUCACGCAAGCCACCGCCGGAGCGGCAAUAGUAGUUCAAUCACGUCACAGGACAAACAACUUCCUCGACGAAAUGAACACCCACUUCUUCCGACCCCGCGGUCUCUACGCAAUGCUGGUCACCUACAAGCCAUCUCGCCAUCUUUGGUCUUCCGCCCCAAUGGACAUUUCGCACGACGUCUCCAAAGCCCUCGGCACGGACACCCUCGGCUCCAAGCUCAAGAACGACCUCAAGUUCACAUCCGGCAAAACCCACACCGAGCCCGAAUUGCCCGAAGCCGCUCCCCUAAUAUUUCCCCACCUCGACGCCGCCGCCGACGAAGAAGAAGCUGGGAAGAAACCAAACGCGUUCAAGAAGAGCGGCAGGUUCAUCGGCGAAUACAUGGAUCGUAGAGCCAAUGCUACGUACAAUGCUGAGAAUCCUGAAUCAAGCCUCUCGACGGGAGCGCCGGAGUUCAAGUCGAGAUAUGCGGAUCCAAAUCAUCCCGCGAGUAGUGGGAGUUUGAUCAGUCUGGUCACCGGGGGUAAAGUCGAUCCGAGGGGGGUGAAUAAUAAGAACCAAAGCAAGAGAGCGGGGAGGGGAGGGCUAGGGUUGAUUCGGGGCUCGGUCAAUUAUAUCAGAAGGGAGAAGCCCGUAAAGAAGAUGUUGAGGCAGAAUGUCAUGUAUCUCAUGAUUGUGAAUAUGCCAUCAGAGGAGGAGUUGGCGACUGCAAAGCGAGAAAUGGAACAGGAGAAGAAGAAAGGGAAGGCGCCUUCUGAACAGGCAUAG